AUGUUAGUCAAAGAAUUGGGGGGUGGGAGAAGAAAAAAUGAUGACGAAGGCAUAGAGUAUGAAAACGUUAUGGAAAAAUCAAAGGAAGAUAAAGAAAAGGAAACGGCGGUGGCGGUGGCGGAAAACACGAUUUAUUUCAGCGACGGUGGUGGAAGGGGAGAAGGAGUAAAAGAAAAUAAAAAAAAAAAUAUAGAAAUAAAAAAAUCAACGGUCGAAAUAAAAAUAUCGUCAUCGUCUUGUUGCGAUUUGAGUAAAAAAUCACAAACGAAUUUAUAUAUUCCGGAACAUUAUUCAACUCCCGAACCUCAGGGACCUACGAAAACCGUUAAAAAAGAUGAUUUAAAUCUAAGCGAUUUAUGUAGCAUAAGAUUUUCCUUUCUCGAUAGCAGCCCCCCCCCUACCGAAGACAAAUCAAAAGAAUAUGUUUACGAUACCAUAGAGGAAACAAAAACGAACGUGGAAGAAACGCUCAAUCGUGAUUACGUAACCGUUUCCGAUAGUUCGGAAAACGUUUAUUCCUCACCGAGAACAUCGUUAAAUUCUCAAACUAUUUCCGGUGAAUUUCACACACCAACGGAAUACGUUACGAGCGAUCAAGAAGCCGGAUGUUCACCUGAUAAAUCCGAUGGCGAUUCUGAACUUUUUUACGCCACUUCGGAAGUUUUAAAUUUAAGACCUCCGACACCUUAUAAAAAAAGAAAAUCAUCAUCCGAUUACGAAGAUUUAGAAUUGGAAGAUGAAGAAUUACCGGAAAUCCCAAUCGAAUCCCCGGAAAUAAACGAUAAUUUGGAUGAAUAUGCUGACGUGGACGUGAACGAUUAUUGUCGACACCGUGAAGAAAAUCCAAAAAAAUUAAAUUUAAAUCCGAAAGAUAAAAAAGCCAUUGUUAAAGUUCGUUCGAAAAUAAACAAAGCGUGGAAAUCAAUGAAAAAUUGGAUAAACGAAGAUCGGGAAAUUCGAGAAUGUUCGAAUAAUAAUGUGAAUGUAAAAAAACCUCUCACCAUUGACGUUAUAAAAGUAUUGAAAAAAAAUGAAAAAGACGUGGAUGAAGAUGAAACGGACACGACGAUGGGACGUCGUCGUAGCGAAAGUCCCGAUUCCGAUAUAAAUAAUCAAAAAUUUUCCUUUUCCAACGAAAAUAUAAAAUUUAUUGACGUUGAAAAAAGGGAAAAUUCUGAUUCUGGAACUUAUAUGGACAUGACGAGAUGUCAAAUUCCAGAAUGUUCCACUGAUAUUUUUCAAAGUUUGACAAUUUUGAGAAAAAAAUUUGACGGUUCGUCUUCCGGUACUACUCCAUCAUUGAAAAAAUUCAGAAUUUAUCCAGAGACAGUGUCAGGUGAUUUAAACCGCUGA